AGCCCCGCCCAGCGGCUGCUCCGGGAGGAAGCGGGGAGCGCCGCCGCCAGCCCCGCAGCCCGGUGUGCACCAUGGUGAAGAUCGUGACGGUCCGGACCCAGGCCUACGCCGACCAGAAGCCCGGCACCAGCGGGCUGCGCAAGCGGGUGCGCGUGUUCCAGGACAACGCGCACUACGCCGAGAACUUCAUCCAGAGCAUCCUGGCCACGGUGCCCGCGGCCGAGCGGCAGGAGGCCGCGCUGGUGGUGGGCGGCGACGGCCGCUUCUACAUGACCGAGGCCAUCCAGCUGAUCAUCCGGAUCGCCGCCGCCAACGGGAUUGGCCGUUUAGUGAUUGGACAGAAUGGAAUUCUCUCCACCCCAGCUGUCUCCUGUAUUAUUAGAAAAAUCAAAGCCAUUGGUGGCAUCAUUUUGACAGCCAGUCACAACCCUGGUGGCCCAAAUGGAGACUUCGGCAUUAAAUUCAAUAUUUCCAAUGGAGGUCCUGCUCCUGAAGGUAUUACUGAUAAAAUUUUCCAAAUUAGCAAGACUAUUGAAGAGUAUGCUAUCUGCCCAGAUCUGAAGGUGGACCUUGGUACCAUUGGAAAGCAGCAAUUUGACUUGGAGAACAAGUUUAAACCAUUUACAGUUGAAAUUGUGGACUCAGUGGAAGCUUAUGCGAACAUGUUGAGGAACAUCUUUGAUUUCAGUGCGCUAAAAGAACUACUUUCAGGACAAAACCACCUAAAGAUUCGCAUAGAUGCUAUGCAUGGAGUUAUGGGCCCCUACGUAAAGAAGAUCCUGUGUGAGGAGCUUGGAGCUCCUGCAAAUUCUGCUGUGAACUGUAUACCUCUAGAGGACUUUGGUGGCCACCACCCAGACCCAAACUUAACCUAUGCUGCUGACUUGGUCCAGUCUAUGAAAACAGGAGAGUAUGACUUUGGAGCGGCCUUUGAUGGAGAUGGGGAUCGGAACAUGAUUCUAGGGAAGCACGGGUUCUUCGUUAACCCUUCAGACUCCGUUGCUGUCAUCGCUGCCAAUAUUUUCAGUAUUCCUUACUUUCAGCACACCGGCGUUCGUGGCUUCGCGCGAAGUAUGCCUACCAGUGGGGCAAUUGAUAGGGUGGCCAAAGCUACAAAGAUCGCUUUGUUUGAAACUCCAACUGGCUGGAAGUUCUUUGGAAACUUAAUGGAUGCAAACAAACUGUCUCUGUGUGGAGAGGAAAGUUUUGGUACUGGCUCUGAUCAUAUCCGUGAAAAGGACGGGCUGUGGGCUGUCCUGGCGUGGCUAUCUAUAAUAGCUGUCCGCAAACAGAGCGUGGAGGACAUCCUGAAAGAUCACUGGCAGAAAUAUGGGCGGAACUUCUUCACGAGAUAUGACUAUGAGGAGGUGGACUCAGAUGGAGCUAACAAAAUGAUGAAGGAUCUAGAAACUGUGAUGUUUGACCGUUCUUUUGUGGGAAAGCAGCUGUCAGUUGGUGAUAAAGUUUACACUGUUGAGAAAGCCGAUAACUUUGAAUACAGCGAUCCUGUGGAUGGAAGCAUCUCCAGAAACCAGGGUUUAAGGCUCAUCUUCACUGAUGGUUCUCGCAUCAUCUUCAGACUAAGUGGUACCGGCAGUGCUGGAGCGACCGUGCGACUAUACAUUGAUAGCUAUGAGAAAGAUGCUCCAAAAAUAUAUGAAGAUCCACAGGUCAUGUUGGCUCCUCUCAUUGGUAUUGCAGUGAAGCUUUCACAGCUCCAUGAAAGAACUGGCCGCACCGGCCCCACAGUCAUCACAUGAAAAGGCUGGGACCUGAUGCUGACUGCGUGCAGUGCUGAAACGGCUGGCUGUGCCGAAUGAGUCAAACAAAAUCAUCCAGUCCUUUUUAUCAAAUUGGUCACUAAAAGCAACGUUAACUCUAUUUAAAAGUAUUAUUUAAACUGAUAAAAGGCUAGAUGUUAUUAAUAAACCAGAAUCACCCAUGUUUACACUGUGUAUACUGAUGCAUUGCCUCUUUGUCACAUGGCGCUGUUAUAAUUUGGGUAUAGUCCUCACUUAGCAUAGCCUUUUGGUUUAGCAGAUGUAAUUUUUCUUUCUCUUGCUAAAACAAAAAGCUGUGAAGAGAACAAUGAAGCUAAAUUCUUCUGUGAUAAUGGCCUUGUUUUUAUCUCAUGAUGGUGCAAGUACCUUUUCUUGAUUAUACGUCAUUUCUUUUACAUGUUAUGUCUCAGGGCUUGUCUACAUGGCUUCAGCAAAGUGCACUAGACAGGUUUGAUUUGUAAAGCUCGCUAACAUGUUACACCAUAGCUGCCCUAUGUAGACCCCCCUCCCAAAAGAUACCCAGUUCGUGUUAAUACAUUCCUGUUUCAAACAGAGCACACCAGAAGGGUUUACAUGGGGCAGUUAGAGUGCAAAGGUUAGUUGAUCUUUACAAAUCACACCCUUCUGUCGUGCUUUGCCAUGCUAUGUAGACAGUUCCUCAGAAAGUGCAAUUACUUGUAUUGCAGUUUGGUGUCCCUCCCCCCGCCCUCCAUGCCCCGCCUGAUAGUUUUCUUUUUUAAAGAAAGAAUUUAUAUAAAUUGAUCUUUAUUUGCCACAUUCGGUGAUACAAUAACCCCUCUAUACAAUCCUAAUAACGAGCAUGAGAGGCUAUUAAAGUGAAAUGGACCAGUA